UGUCCCCUAGGCGGAUUCUCUCGGGCUGCUUCAUCACCUCCGAAUACUCCGGUGACAGGAGGCCCCUGCGGCUCCACCCCCAGCCCCCAGCAGCGAAUAAAUAGCAGGCUCCCAGCCCAGAAGCCAGGAGAAGUUUCUAGGCGUGUGUUCCCCAGUUUAUUAAGCCCCUGGCUCCACUCUCCAGCUCGGUGGUUCUGGCUGCGCGCCUGGACAGCUUCGGGAGGACCGUGGCUUGCUGAUCUCCGGGUCCCUGGGUGGGGGAGGAUUCCACUGGGCUCAGCCAGGGAGCACCUUUGGGGGCUGGGACCCCAGCCUGGUGUGCACGAGCCACCUUGGCUGUGGAUGGUCCUGCUUCUCCCUGACCGAAGACCAGCAUUUUCCUGAAGCUGAAGAUAAGCCGGGAAGCCCAGCUCAGCUGUGUGACCUUGGGCAGGUGGUGCCUUCGCCCUGAGCCUCGGUUUCCCCUCUGAGCUCAGUAGCCGCCAUGGCUGAUGGGCAGAUGCCGUUCUCCUGCCACUACCCGAGCCGCCUGCGCCGAGACCCCUUCCGGGACUCGUCCCUGUCCUCCCGCCUGCUGGACGAUGGCUUUGGCAUGGACCCCUUCGCCGACGACCUCACCGCCUCGUGGCCGGACUGGGCGCUGCCUCGGCUCUCGUCCCCGUGGCCCGGGACCCUGAGGUCGGGCAUAGUGCCCCGGGGGCCCAACGCCGCGGCCAGGUUUGGGGUGCCCACCGAAGGCAGGAGCCCUCCACCCUUCCCCGGGGAGCCCUGGAAAGUGUGCGUCAAUGUGCACAGCUUCAAGCCCGAGGAGCUGAUGGUGAAAACCAAGGACGGCUACGUGGAGGUGUCCGGCAAACACGAAGAGAAGCAGCAUGAAGGCGGCAUCGUCUCCAAGAACUUCACGAAGAAAAUCCAGCUUCCGGCAGAAGUGGAUCCCGUGACAGUGUUCGCCUCGCUCUCCCCGGAGGGGCUGCUGAUCAUCGAAGCCCCCCAGGUCCCGCCUUACGCGCCUUAUGGAGAGAGCAGUUUCAACAGUGAGCUGCCCCAGGACAGCCAGGAAGUCACCUGUACCUGAAACACCAGCCUUGGUGCAUCCCUGUUCCUCCCCCACCCCAGGCUUCUCUGAUUGCGGGGUACCUAACUUUAGCUGAACUCCAUUUUAGUGCAUCCAACGUGUUGGGGGGUGGGGGAACGACCACAAACUCCCUGGAUAGUGUAGUACUAGAUCUCUCCACAAGUGGGCGCAAUUGGCAAGUCGUGCUUGGUUGCGUUAGGUCAAACACUGGUUUUUCUUUGCCCUUGUUUUUUUUCUACUUUGAUGACAAUGUUGCACAUUUUGUUGCUGCAAAACAAACAAAUGGGGACUUAAGAUUUCACAUCGGAUCUGACCUUGCUGCUAAGGCAAGGGUUGCUUCUCUCUGGGGGCCACCCCAUCACCCAGAUCCCUACACUGGCUUCCUGUUUCCGUGCCUGCUGAGUGGCUUGGUGGAGGGGAACCCGGGGCACCGUGUUGCUCCAUCCCUGGCCUGCGAAAGGCUUUAGACAGAUCCUGUUCCCCACCAACCACACGGAAAGCAGCAGUGCCUUCUGCCCUGCGCCCGGACGUUUGCAGCCCGUGCCUGAGGUCCCCCAGGACGCUGGCGGCCCCAUGGCUCAUUCUCUGGCUAAGCCCCACCCCCUUCUGUCCACAUCUGGAUUUUACAGAGGAACCCAGCAGAGGCCAGGCAGCCUGGCACACAGGCCAGUGGGGCUGUGAACGUGGGCGGGGCGUGCGUGUCCUGACUGUUUGAGUUGUGCUGUUGUUUAGGGGAUAAUAAUGGUAAAUAAUUAAUAAUGAUGAUAAUAAUAAAGGAGCUGAUGUUCUUA